AUGCCUGAACCAGCGAAGUCAGCGCCCAAGAAAGGCUCCAAGAAAACGGUAACCAAAACCGCCGGUAAAGGAGGCAAGAAGAGAAAGAGGAGCAGGAAGGAGAGUUACGCCAUCUAUGUGUAUAAAGUACUAAAACAGGUCCAUCCCGACACGGGCGUUUCUUCCAAGGCCAUGAGCAUCAUGAACUCGUUCGUCAACGACAUCUUUGAGCGCAUUGCUGCCGAGGCGUCCCGUCUGGCUCACUACAACAAGCGCUCCACCAUCACAUCCAGGGAGAUUCAGACCGCCGUGCCAAGUGAACUGAUGUGCGCCUUCACCAUCAAACCAACGGCUCUUUUAAGAGCCACACACGUCUGCAAAAGUGCAAAUUUUCUAUAUAUUGUCGUUUGA